CUUUGCCAAAUGGUCGUGGACUAGGUCUGUUCACACUUAAGUGUCACCAUCUUGCAGUAAAGAAAUAAUUUCAACAUAUAACAUUUUGAAAACGGUAUUGGAUGCUGAAUUUCUGCGCCCGAUAUGCAUCUCAAGGUUAUCCGGCGCAUAAAUAUUGAAACCCUGGGUUAGUGUACCUGGAAUUCUUAUGAAUUCCUGAAGUUGUUUGUUCUAUAUUUAUAUUUAAAACUGAUCAUAUUUGCCAAUAAUAUCUAAUGAGUGGACGUUACUAAGCUCCUAAUGAAUACAAGUUUUGAGAAACAACAACUUGUUUCAUGUUAUUGUUCACCGCUUGACCGUUGUCCACAUUCCAGUUCUGUAUGCGUUUCUUCUACGGGAUGUUUUCAUUCAUUGCAUUUGGAUUCAUCAUUGACAUUUGUGAAUGGCGAGUCGUAUGGUUGUUUCGCAAACCACACUAAUCAAGUUGAUUUACUCUGCCGAAAUCCAAAAGUUGGUAGACAGCUGUUGUAUUGUUGUUCUGCAAAUGAUGGUGACCUCUGCAAUAAAAAUUCAAGUCUUUUUGGAUUAUUAGGCUCUACACAUGUGUAUUCUAAUAGUAUUACUUGGAGACUCAUUUUGACAGCAGUUUUAAUUCCUCUUUCUGCACUGUUUUGCGGACUUUUGGGUAUAAUGUUGUUAUGGAAGUGCUUUCUGAAGAAACGAAUAAUGAAGUACGAACGUUAUUCUGAUGAGCUUGGCUACAAGCAUGCUACAUUUACUAAAGACAUCUCUAAUUACCUUGUACAAUUCAGUGAACAGCAUUUUCCUGAUUCCAAGUCAUCCUCGUGUAUCACACCAGGCAACAAAGAAAAGAAACUAACAUUUAAGAGCGUGACUAAUCCAAAGCCUUCAUGCGAAUUUACUAGUUGCACCAGUGGGAGCGGGAGUGGCAUUCCCUUCCUUGUUCAGAGAACUAUUGCGCGUCAUAUAAGAUUAGUUGUGUGCAUAGGAAAAGGUCGGUUUGGUGAAGUUUGGAAGGCUACAUGUCAAGGUGAAACAGUUGCUGUCAAAAUAUUCUCCAGUCGUGAUGAAGCUAGUUGGGCUCGUGAAACAGAAGUGUACAAUACUGGGUUGUUACGUCAUCCUAACCUGCUGGCAUAUUAUGCAAGUGACAUGAUAUCAAGAGGCGGGUGCACCCAGCUUUGGUUAAUUACAGCUUAUCAUGCCAAUGGAUCACUACAUGAUUUUCUAGUUAAUAAAUCACUAAGACUUCAAGAAGGCUUGCGCCUGGCUGGUUCCAUAGCGGCAGGUCUAGCAUUUUUACAUACAGAAAUAAAAGGACUGCAUGCCAAGCCUGCUAUUGCGCAUCGAGAUCUCAAGUCGAAGAAUGUGCUUGUUAUGCAUGAUAUGACAGCCUGUAUAGCUGAUUUGGGUCUCGCUUUAGUAAAUUUACAGAGUCUUCCAGCUGGACAAAUUUCUAAUUCCUCUUCAAUCUUGUCAGGUGGCGUUAUGUCUAGUAGUGUGACUCAGUCAGACAGGUUGUGUAGUGGCUUUUCAGGUCCUUCUUCUUUAGGUCCUCCUCCUGUUGGACCAAGAGUUGGCACCAAACGUUACAUGGCACCAGAGUUGCUCAUGGCUGUAGAUAUAUCAACAUCAACGAACUGUGUCGACCAUACUUUAUGUAUGUCAAGUGAAAAUGUCGAUAAUCCAAAUCAAUGCAACUAUCUGCCAUUUGAAGUUUAUCAGGCUGCAGACAUCUAUGCAAUGGCCUUAGUGUUUUGGGAGUUGGGUCGUUGUACUAUAGGAGCAGUGGGUGAAUCGACUGAAGGAUAUCAGAUACCAUUUUACGAUUUGGUUCCUUCUGAUCCAACUUUCGCACAGAUGAGAGAUAUUGUUUGCGGAAAUAGUUUGACCAAAAACGAUAUACUUAGACAAUCUGAUGAAAGCAGUGAAGAAGGUCAAACAGAUAAAAAGAACAAGCUGACUAAAAUAAGUCCAGAUUACGAUGAGAAACAAUGCAGACCGCGUGUUUAUCAACGUUGGUUGGAUGAUGCUUAUUUAUGCCGUUAUGCACAAGUUAUACAAGAAUGUUGGCAUGAUGAUUGGUCGGCUCGUCUUUCUGCUCUCCGUGUUCGAAAACGUUUAGAACAGAUCGAAUCUGCUGUAAGACAGUUAUUUGUCAAGAAAAAAGUGGAAGAUCACAACAUCCAUUCUAAUUUAAAUGAUCUGUCCUCACUGGUUGCCAACAACGAUAAAGCCUUGUUCUAACUUUUGAUGAAUAUUCCUUCUGUAUGAUAAUAUUAUCACUGAAUUUUCUCUUCACUACAUGCAUUUACCUUUUAUUUAUUAUUACUUUUUGAAUAUAUUUUCAUUUUAUAGAUAAUUUCAUAGCUUGAAUGCUUUGUUGUUUUGCGAG